GAUGUGGUCUCACUUGCAUAUAAUCCGCUCGUCCCCCGAUUCUAAAUACACUCUAACCCAUCUCUCACUACUCAGUACUCACAGAGACCUAAUCUAACAUCUACGCAACAAUGGGUGAUAAAAACGAAACAUGGACACCAAACUACGACGACUGCGAUAAAGUCUCGGAUCGUUGCCCCGUCGAAUACACCAUCUACCAAGACUAUCUCUCUGAACCAGCUUCAGGGUUCUUCGCGAUCGCUUUUGCACUCCUCUUCCUCGCACAGAUAUUCCAGGGGUUCCGGGCUAAGACGUGGUCGUACAUGAUAUGGCUGGGCAUCGGAACAGUCUUUGAAGUCGCGGGCCAUGUUGGACGCUUCGGGCUGGGAAGAAAUCCAUGGCAGCAGAACGUCUUUAUCGUGCAGUACCUUACACUCUUACUAGCUCCUACUCUCGUCGCUGCUGCUAUAUCAGUGACGUUCAAGCAUCUCGUUGUUUGGUACGGGGCAAGAUGGUCUCUUCUCAAGCCCAGACUUUAUCCUCUAGUUUUUGUCGGUACAGACUUUAUCUCGAUUUUCAUCCAAAUUAUCGGAGGUGGCCUCACAGCUAUGCAAAGUAUGGGCAAGGGAUCAGAGACGACGCAGAAACUUGGAGAGGCUCUUGUUAUUGGUGGUGUCGCCUUUCAAGUUGCCAACAUGUUGUGCUGUGGUGGGCUCAUGCUUCUCUACGCUCGGCGCCGAAAGCAGGCAAUGAAACAACGAGACCCGUUGAUGGGAAACGCGACUGAUAUGUACACAACCGGCAUGCCAACUCGUGGGACAGUUCCUGUUGCUCGAGAGGAGGCUACGCUAAAGGAGGCAAAAAGAGUCAAGUGGUUUGUCUAUGCCCUGGGUAUUGCUUAUACCUGUAUCAUCAUCCGAUGUGCCUACCGUAUCGCCGAAACUGUCCCAGAUAUUGGAGUAGAUGUUCUCCGAAACGAAACACUAUUCAUCGUGUUCGACGCAACAAUGAUGUUGAUUUCUAUCGGCGCUGUUACAAUCCUCCAUCCUUGCUUCUUCUUCCCUUAUCUUGGCCUGAGAAAGAAACAGAAGAAUCAAAGCAAGGUCUAUGAGGGUUAUAGAAUGGAGAGCAGUUCGGCUUUGGUUGGGCAGCAGCAGCACCCGCAGCAGCAGCAAGGUUAUGCUUGAGGUUGGCUUUUCGGUGUUGCGAACGAGUAUAGAGCCGAGUUCUGAAUUACAAGUGUCUUAAAUGAGUUCGUGGUUUGAUUUCCUGCCUGUUGGACUAUAUGGCGCAUUUUAUAGAAUUCUAGAAGCUCCAAGGUUUUCAAUUUGAUUCAUACAGAACAGACAACAUCAUACUGCUCUCCAUAAAUCUUAAUAUGGCGCUCCGUUCUCCGAGU